AUGACAUCAGUAAAUAAAGUUGAUCGAGCAAUUUUAUUUUCUCAAUGUCAAUUUUUUAUUGAUUAUCGUUCAAGUCAAAAUGGUUGUGAUCGAUCUCUUCGUUUAGGAAAUGAAUUAGAAAAAAAAUAUGGUGCUAAUAUUGUUGAACAACCACAAGUUUCUUCUACAACACAUAUUAUUUUUAAAAAUGGAAAUUUAGAAACAAAAUUAUUUGCAAAAAAAUAUAAUAUACCAUUGGUUGAUCCUAUGUGGUUAGAACAUUCUAUUAAAAAAAGAAGAUUAAUUAAAAUUGAUAAAUAUCAAGUUCAGAAUGAUGAAAAUCAACAACCAGCAGAAGAACUUGCAUUCGAACAAUUAGCAAUAUCAAAUAAAGAUCUAAUUACACCAUCUACACCUAAAAAUAAGAUAGAUCAAUCACAAGAUGUAAAUAUUGAUUCAGGAAAACGAAAUAAAAAAGUUCUUUAUACACCAAUUCGUGGUCAAUUUGAUCAAGGAAAUCCACAUGAAUAUUUUGAUCAUCAAAAACGAAUAAUAACACUUGAAAAUUUAGGAAUGAAUUUGCCAGAUGAUAAUCAUAUAUUAAUUCAUCGAUAUGGAUGUAGUGUUGCUCGUCGACAAGUUCAAGAAAAUGUUCGUCCUCAAUCUCAAUUAAAAGAUAAAUCAUCGAUUUCUUUACAAAAAGAAUUACCAACAACAAUAAGUAUUCCAUCUCAAUCUCAAUCAUCGCCUAUUAUUCAUUUCGCUAAGCCUGUUCGUCAAACUCGAAAUCCUGAAAUUCAAAUUGUUGUUUCUCCUUCAACAACAUUCGAUUUUGAUAGUCAACAACAAUUUGUUACAUUAGGUAAUCUUCCUCAAUCAACUCCAAUAUUACGUCCAACAUUACCAUUAAAUAAUAUUGAUAAUAAUCAACCAAAGGAAAUUUUUAUUGAAAAAAAUCUACAAGAAAAACAAUUUAUAACACCAUUAAAAACAAUUGAUUAUUCAUCAUUUACAAAAAUAACACCUUUUAAUCAAAUAAAUACUAAAACAAAAUCAAGAAUUAGAUUUGAAAUAUGUCAUAAUGAUGAAGAUGAUGAUAGAGAUUUAAUAUUACCAAAUGUUAAAGAAAUAAUUCGUGAACUUGAAAUAUCAACAAAUAAUGAUCAAAUUAUUCCACGACCACCACCACUUGUUGCAUUAUCACAAGUUAUUCGAACUAAACAUCCUGAACAAUUAAUUGAUACAAAAUUAUAUAAUCAAUUACCAUCUAUUAAAGAUUUACCAAAUUCACCAGCAAAUUAUUCAUUUGUUUUUUAUGGAUUUACAUCAAUACAAUUAGAAGAAGCUAAACGAUUAACACGUCGUAUGGGUGAUUGUUUUUCAUUUGAAAAAAUUGAUAUGACAAUUACACAUGUUAUUUUACCUGAUGAUGAUCCUCAAAUUGAAUUAACACUUGAUCUUCUUCUUGCAUUAAUUUAUGGAUGUCGAUUAGUAACAUUUGAAUGGUUAAAAUCUUCAUCACGUAUUGGUGAAUGGUUAAAUGUUAAUAAAUUUGAACCGAAACGAUUUUUUCAAACAUAUCCAUCAUUAAGCAUAUAUCGUAAAUUUCGACAACAACAGAAACCAAUUCAUUUAUUUAAUCAAUGUGGUCUUAUUUAUUUAACAUCAAUAGCUAAACAACGAUCAUUAUUACUUAAAUUGAUAACAUUAUUAGGUGGAAAUAUUACAGUUAGUCGUAAUCUGGCUAAAAUUGUUGUUGGACAGUCAUCUAAAUCACUUUCAAUUAUUAUUCAUCCGCAAGUUACUGAACAAUGGGUUAUUGAUUCAAUUAAAUCAGGACAAUGUCUUCCAACAGAUGAUUAUCUUAUUGAAAACAAUACUGAAUAA